AUGGCUGAAGUGCCCGAUAUCGCCCUCAUGCCACCCGAGCAAGUCGAAGGGCUGGCUCGAAUGGCUCUGGGGAAUGGCCUGGGCUUCAACCUUGGUCCAUGGAUUAUUGGAGUGGUAUUCGAUUGUAUGGCUUUUGGUAUCUUGAUUCAUCAGUAUCAAGUUUGGUGGACCUAUUCUAAAGAUUCAGAGAGAUCUAUCAUGUCUUGGCUUACGCAUUACGUCACGUUGAAUCAGAUUGGUUGGACGGCAUAUAUCAUUUACUUCGGUAUGCAUUACUUUGUCUACAAUUUUGGCAGAUUCGCGGUAUUUCUCGAUGUCAAAUUGGCUAUGAUCUUUCCAACUUGGGGAUGGUCCGUUUCCGGUCCGAUCAAAUUCUUCUACAUUCAUCGAACUUGGCAACUCAAUGAUCGUAAUUGGUUUCUAGCCAUUUUCUUGAGCGCUUUGAAUCUCGCAGAAUGUGGAAUGUGCAUCUUCCUAACUUGGAAGUUCAGUACUCUCAGUUCAGGUCUAGAAGCUGCUAAAAUGACAACAGUAACUCAAGUGUGGCAAGGGAUGUCACUCGGUUCAGACGUGAUGAUUACGACUAGUAUCGCUUAUGCUCUGAUCAAGUCAAAGACGGGUUGGUCUCAGACAGAUGCGUUGAUCAAGAGAUUGGUGCUCAUUACUAUCGAAACUCAACUUGGUCCUACCAUUCUUAUGCUCGCAUUCACCAUCCAAUUUGCCAUCGCUCCUCCUGCAGCCCUCUCUCAAUUCUUCGAUCUGCUUAUCCCUAAAGCUUAUGCUAUCGGUUACUUCGCCACUCUGAACUCUCGAUACUUACUUCGAAGAGCCGCUCAUGGAUCUUCCGAUUCUCGUGAUCCGUCAAGUAAACAUAUCAAAUCAAAUACUUUUGCAAUGAUGGGUUCUAAUAGACUUCAUCAAGAUACCGUUCAUGUCGAGGUAGAUAACUUCACCGAGUCCCAUUCCAUGCCUCAACUCCACUCUAAGAGCGUUAAUCGAGAUUUCAAAGAUAUCAACGAAGAUUCGGAAUCCAUCGAGAAUUUGGAUUAUGCCACUAAUCUUUCCAAGAGGAACUUGAACAAUCUGGCAUAA